AUGGGCAACAUCUUGCCGCUGCCAUGUUGUGCCUUGAGGGACAAAGACAGGUCCUUGCUGCCCCCUUAUGCUUCAGGAGGCAACCCGCAAUACGGGUAUGCUCUCGCCAAGAACGACCGACUUCGAAUGGAGGAUGCCGUAUCCAUCCACGACAACGUCGAAGGCCAUGCCUGCUUCGCCGUCUUCGACGGCCAUGGAGGCGAAACGGCAACUGUACUAGCACAACAGUAUCUGCCAACUCAGCUUGAAGAACAUCUGAAGGACGAGAAAGCAUCUGGCAAGGAGGAAGCUGCCACGAGGGCGUUCAUGGCAGUGGAUGAGUUGAUGCAGAAGAAACUUGCAGAUGAAGCCAAGGUGCUUGCAUCCGGCACAUCUUCCGGAACGGUGGCAUGCAUGGCUCUCCUUCGUGCGGACGAGCUCGUCAUUCUGAACGUGGGGGACUGUCGAGCAGUUCUAUGUGAAGAUGGCAAGGUGACGACGACGACAGCAGACCACGCCCCGGAAAAAAACAAGCUGGAAAAGCAACGGUUGAAGGAGAUGGGGGUCAGCGUGGAGGGCGGAUAUGUGGAUGGUAAAGUGCAAGUUUCUCGCGCUUUUGGAGAUGUUGUCGGCGAGACUGGGAACAAAGUUCCAGGGAUAAUCUGCACUCCGGAAGUCUACUUCGUAAGUGUCAAAGACACAACGGAGUUCUUACUUCUUGCCACUGAUGGUAUUUGGGAUGGUCUGCGGGACCAGACAGCCAUCAUCACAGCCCGCAAAGUGCUGCGGGAGACACGAUCCCCGGAAGCUGCUGCAAAAGCCGUUUUGCAAGCAGCAGCAAAUGUAACAGCGGCCGAUAAUUCUGCCGUCAUCGUUGUGGCCCUUAAUAUCCCCGAACCUCUGCCAAAGCGUGAUGCAGGGCAGCGGCGGUUUCAGUUUGCUUCCAAGAAGGAAUGA